UUGUAGUUUAAGCCCAGCCUUCCGCCUUUUAGCAUGGCUUCUUCCUGGGAGAGUUUUGAACCAGAUAUGCUCUUCUGGUGACAGCUUCUCUGUAGACCUUUUCACCAUGGAAAUAGGUGGCAUCAAUCAACAGAGUCAGAAACUGAGUAAAACGGAGAAGAAGCUGCGGCAAAAACAGAUGAAAGCCAGACAUACUCUGCUAAGACAUGAGGGCAUUGAAUGCGUGUCAUAUCCCACCAAGAGCCUGGUCAUUGCCAAUGGCGGUCUGGGGAAUGGGGUGAGCAGGCGCCAAGUGCUCAAACUGGCAGAGAGAUGCGGGCUGGUCGAAGCGCUUUUAAUGCCACCAAAUAAACCCUAUUCAUUCGUGAAAUACAGGACGCUUGAAGAUUCCAAGCGCGCCUAUGAUUCACUCAAUGGAGAAGAGGUUGCUUCAGAGGACUGCACUCAAAAUGUUGUUCUAUAUUUCAACUUUGUGGAAAAAGUUCCUUGGGAGGACAUGAUCCCUUCUACCUUGCCUCCUGGCCUGAGGGUCAUCGAAGAGCUGGUUUCACCAGAGGAGGAAAGACAACUUUUAGAAAGCAUUGACUGGGGAAAGGAUGAAGUAAUUCCAAAUGCUCAGAAAUCAUUAAAACACAGAAGAGUAAAACAUUUUGGAUAUGAAUUCCGGUAUGAUAACAACAAUGUUGAUCGAGACAGACCAUUACCUGGAGGUCUCCCAGAUAUCUGUAACACCCUUCUUGCAAAAUGGCUGAAGAUGGGCUACAUUAAAGAGAGUCCCGAUCAACUGACUGUAAAUCAGUAUGAGCCUGGACAGGGAAUCCCUCCUCACAUUGAUACACAUUCUGCUUUUGAGGAUGAAAUAGUCUCUCUAAGUUUAGGAGCUGGGAUUGUUAUGGAUUUUAAGCAUCCUGAUGGACAGACAGCAGCAGUUAUGCUUCCUCAGCGCAGUUUGCUUGUAAUGUCUGGAGAAUCUCGCUAUCUAUGGACUCACGGCAUCACACCGAGGAAAUUUGACAUUGUUCAAGCAUCUCAGGAGCAAAAAGUUGGAACAGUCACUGCUGACAUUGGAGAUUUAACUUUAAACAAAAGAGGAACACGGACAUCUUUCACCUUCAGGAAAGUGAGGAGAGGACCUUGCAAGUGCUCUUAUCCUUCUGUGUGUGACAGCCAGUGCAAAGUCACCACACCUUCAUUCCCUGACAGUGAAAGUGAAGCCUCAAAGCUGGAGAAAGAGUAUGUCCAUGAUGUGUACGAACAGAUUGCCCUGCAUUUCAGCAGCACCAGGCACAGCCCGUGGCCACGAGUAAUUGAAUUCCUUAGAGCUUUACCACAUGGGGCAAUUGUGGCUGAUGUUGGCUGUGGGAAUGGAAAGUAUUUAGGAGUCAGCAAGGACAUGUACAUGUUCGGCUGUGACCAUAGUGAGGCCCUUGUGAACAUCUGUGGAGAGAAAAGCUUCCAGGCCUUUGUGUGUGAUGCACUCUCUGUUCCAAUACGAAGUGGCUCGUGUGAUGCCUGUAUAUCCAUUGCAGUUAUCCACCAUUUUUCAACAGUGGAGAGAAGACUGGCUACUCUCAGUGAGUUAGUCCGACUCCUGAGACCUGGUGGAAGAGCCCUUGUUUACGUUUGGGCUCUGGAGCAGGAAUACAAUAAACAGAAGUCUAAAUACCUGAAAGGAAAAAGAGCUGGAAAUAGUAACAUGGAGGAAACAAUAAGUGAUGCCAUAGAGGACACAGGAGUCAGUAAAUCUCAAGGUUCUGCACAGCCUGAUGGAAGUGUUAGUCCAGCGAAGGAUAGAUACUGUAGUGCAAAUAAAGCUGUUACUACCAGGCUGCCUGUUCAUACCAAUAGAACUUCUUUUGACUCCCAAGAUCUCUUGGUUCCUUGGCAUUUGAAGGAUGGCGCAAAGAAGAAAGUGGGGCACACAGAGCUCCAUCAACCUAUGACUAACUCAGAAAACACUCAAAAGUGUAGUCCUGUUUUCCACCGCUAUUACCAUGUCUUCUGUGAAGGAGAACUGGAGCUGCUCUGCAAAAGGCUGAAUUGUGUAAAUGUGCAAGAAAGUUACUAUGACCAAGGGAACUGGUGUGUGAUUCUUGAAAAGAAAUAAAGUUUUUAGCUGCCUUGAAAAUGAAACAGGAAACAUUUAUUAUAGACAUAUUCAUUUGCAGUGGUGUUUCUGAAAAAGAUAUUCUGAUGGCACUAAGCUUUUAUUCCUUCCCUUGCAUUUAUCAAAUAAAUAUUAUUUUUACAGUGUU